CACACACUCCCUAUAUAAACUCCCUCAAAUUCCUCAGGUCACUCAUUUUCUGCCUUUGCCCACCAACUGAGGAGCAGUACCACAUCAUACAAUGCCGGCUGCUAGGUGUUUGGUGUCUCUCGUGGCGGUGCUAGUGGCUGCAGUGUGUGUGGCACAUGCACAGGAGAGGAUCAAGAUAUGUGGACGAGAGCUGAUACGUCUGGCCGUCUCAUCCUGCGGCAGCUCCCGGGCCAGGAGAAGCAUCCCAGAUUUAGGACGGAAAAAGAAUCAAUACGCUCCUCUCUGGGAGCAGAUCUCCUCCACAGAAGAGUACCUGACUUCAGGGACUGUACGCACGGCUUCGAGGGCAGACCGGGAAAAGGACGCCGUCUCCUUGGCUCCUCACCUUCUGUCAUCACGGAUCAGGCGAACUGCUGGAAAAAUAUCUGAUAUUUGCUGUGAGAAAGGAUGUAGCAUGAAGGAGCUGAUACAGUUUUGCUAAAUGAAGCCGGUGGCAUAUCAGUUAAGUUAUUGACUUCAGAGUUUUGCUGGGUUUUCUUUUAGUGAUCCUGAAUGUACUUGGUGAUAUUUAUCUUUGACAUUUUAAACUGGAGUGCACACAGGAUUUUGUUAUUUGAUUUAUUGUUUUUAUCAAUGCAAAUAUAGUAUAUUAACUGAACUGAUAUUACUGGACAGUCAGUCCAUAAGAAAUCACAAAAGUCCCAGAAUCAAACCCUUAUUUUCUCAGACCUAACAAAGAUGACAAUAAAUAUUACUCGCAAUGAA